AAGCUCACUGACUCUCGUUUUCUUUUCUUUUUCUUUGUGUUUUUUGUUUCCAAGACGACGACAGCCUGUCGGUGACGAGCACCGAUAGAUUCUCGUGUUUCAAGAAAAGAGAACCCGGUCGGUGAAGAGCUCCCAGCAGCUUUCUUGUCCCCUUUCUCCACCACCACCACCACCUCACAAAUCAUUCUACUCUCUCGCUUCCCUCCCCUCCCCUCCCCUCCCCGUACUGUUUGUUCCCCGCUCCUUUUUCCCAGCUUUUCUUUUUCCCUUGCCUGCUUUUGGCUCCUCUCGGUUUCCUUGUUCUUCAAAAGCAACGAGUUUUCCCUCCCCCUGCAUCAAAUGGAAAACCAUUCGAAAGCUCAAGAAACCAACAGCAGCAGUAGCAGCAAUUACAGCCGCAACAAUGGAGCAACGACACCAGCAGCAGCUCCGUCACCGCCAUCGCCACCAGCUCUGCCUCCCAAAACCAUUCCGAAAGCCUGCGAGGUGAAUCCGUACCCGACGACCUUCGUCCACGCAGACACCUCCUCCUUCAAGCAGGUAGUCCAAAUGCUCACAGGCUCAGCCGAGACCGUCGCCGCUGCCGCGGCCGCUAGCUCGACGGCACAGAAAGCACCGGUUGCCCCGGCCACCAAGGCUACCGGCCCAAAAAAGCCUGCUUUCAAGCUCUACGAGCGGCGGAACAGCCUCAAGAACCUCAAGGUACUCAGCCCCCUCGUUCCAGCAUUCUUCAACUCCAGCCCCAACCCCAACUCCCUCGUCGCCGCUGCCGGAUUCUCUCCUCGGAAGCAGCCGGAGAUCCUGUCGCCCAGCAUGCUGGACUUCCCUUCGCUGGUGCUCAGUCCGGUGACGCCCUUGAUCCCCGACCCCUUCAACCGGCCGCCGCACCACCCGACUUCGGCGGCUGCCAAAUGGGCGGAGGACCGGGCGAUCGCCGAGAAGGGGUUCUACCUGCAUCCUUCGCCGCGGGCUUCGACGGACGCGGAGCCUCCGCGGCUGCUACCCUUGUUCCCAGUGACAUCUCCCAAGGUCUCGUUCGACUUAUCUCUUGCCGUACCUCACUCCUCCACCAGAUAAGUUUACGUCCAGAAUUGUGUUCGGUCUCUGUACUCGUUUUAGCUUCGAUUGCAUGGGUUUAUUCCUUCCUCCGCGAAUGCAAAUCGAGCAGCAUGGCACAGAAUCAUCAUCUCCUUAUUCCUUCUCUCUUUUGCCGACAUGAUUGGGAGAGUGAUACAAGAAGAAGAAGAAGAAGAAGAAGAAGAAGAAAAAUGAUGGCUCUUCUAAGUCAGAGAAAAAAAGCCAGCUAGUCCGCACUGCUUCAGCAUGUGCGAGUUCUGAUGAUGAAGGGUGGGUGGAACAAUAUAAAUUGAUGAACCAAGCUACUGCCGAGUGAAAGAUGACCCCUAUCCCUUCCCACUUCUUCGAGUCUGUCGUGAGGUGCUUGGAUCGAUGGGUUGAAGUCUCUGUUUCACCGUCCUUUUCUUUCUCUCUCUCUCUCUCUCUCUCUCUCUCUUUCACAUGACGACUGAUGAUGAGCCAAGACACCAAGGCUUUUGAAUCUCAAUGCCUGUGAACACUAUAAACCUUACCAGCACUGCUUUUGCUUGCUAGGUUUAAGCAGUACAAAGGUUGCCUCUCGUUUCAGGUAUCUUCCCGAUGACCGCAUGUCUGAAACUGGUGGAAGACAAGGACUGCAGCUAGCUUUUAAAUGCAUGAAGCACCUACUAACUUCCGGUCAGCUAUGAUGGAUGGACCUGUGUGUCAGAAAGGACAGCGAAAAAUCUAUCCAUCCCGAUGCCACUUUUUUUUUUUCCCUACUUGGAUGGAUGGAUGGAUCUCAUCGACCAUAAAUAGAAGGGGACCAUCAUCAUCAUCAUCAUCGUUAUGGAUAGGGCAGGCGAUUCAUUCAUCACAUCUGAAUUCAGAGUAAGCCAACGACAGCUUCUCUCGACUUCGUUCCGAGAUCGACUCCCCUCCUCGGAGUUGACUAAUUAAGGUCGCAGCAGAUCAGGCAAGAGAAGUUUGGAACCAACGACGAUACGAUAUGACCAAGUUCAAACGAAGAAACGAGACCUUCGUUAUUAAUAAGCUGUCAACGGGCAAUCCUAACUCUUAUUUGCAUCAUCGUCUUCUAGCUGAGGCUUCCACUUUCAGGUUAAUUUUUUUGACAGCGAUUAACACAAUGUCCACCACCUAAAUGCAAUGCUUGUAUCGUAAUUGAUACUUGGAAUAAAAAAUAAAAAUCUUUUUUGAUCCGAGCUUAGCGUGGACGCAAUUCCGAGUGCGUGAAUCUCAAACAAAUAAAUAAAUAAAUACUUGGUACCCUGUAUAGAAAUUUUGCCUUCAACCCAAACCAUAUUUCAAAGCUAGUAGCGGAUACCAGGCAAAGGCAAAACAAGUUCCACGACGACCGGCAAAAGCAAAAGCGAGACGUCGAAAUAAAAUUAAACAAAAGAAAUUAAGUAAAAUAAAUUGAUAUGAAAACAAAAUUAAGUAAAAGAAAUUGAGUAAAAUAAAUUGAUAUGAAAACAAAAUUAAGUAAAAUAAAUUGAUAUGAAAACAAAAUUAAGUAAAAUAAAUUGAUAUGGAAUAAGCAAAAGAAUUAAUAUGAAAAUAAAAUUAAACAAAAGAAAUUGACAUGUAAAUAAAAUUAAGUAAAAGAAACAAACGUAAAAAUAAAAUUAAACAAAAGAAACUGACAUUUAGAUAAAAUUAAGCAAAAAAAAUUGAUAUUAAUACAAAAUUAAAUAAAAGAAACUGACAUUAGGAUAAAAUUAAGUAAAAAAACUAUCAUGUGGUAAAAUUAAAUAAAAGAAAUUAACAUGGAGAUAAAUUUAAACAAAAAAAUUAAUAUAGAAAUAAAAUUAAGCAAAAAAAUUGAUAUAGAGAAAAAAAUAAGCAAAAAAAACUAAAAAUGAGAAAAAAAUAAGCAAAAGAAACUAAAAUAGAGACCAAAUUAGGUAAAAAAAAAGGUUACAUGAGCACAAAUUAAACAAAAGAAACAAGUAUGGAAAUAAAAUUAAGCAAAAGAAAUAAGUAUGGAAAUAAAAUUACGCAAAAAAACUAACUUUGAAACAAAAUUAAGUAAAAUAAACUAACAUGGAAGCAAAAUUAAGUAAAUAAAACUAAUAUAGAGACAAAAUUAAACAAAAAAAAUUGACAUGCAGAGAAAAUUAAACAAAAGAAACUGAUAUAGAGAUAAAAUUAAGUAAAAAAAACUGACAUUGAGACAAAAUUAAACAAAAGAAAUUGACACGAAAAUAAAAUUAAGCAUAAGAAACUAACAUGGAAACAAAAUUAAGCAAAAGAGACUGACAUUGAGACAAAAAAUUAUAUAAAAGAAACUGACAUCGAGACAAAAUUAAGCAAAAGAAAUUGGCAUUGAGACAAAAUUAAGCAAAAAAAACGGGCAUGGAGGCAAAAUUAAGUAAAAGAAACUAGCAUGUAAAUAAAAUUUAGCAAAAGAAACUGGUAUGGAAAUAAAAUUAACCAAAAGAAACUCUGGUGAUAACAAAAUUAACCAAAAGAAACUCUCAUAAAAACAAAAUUAAGCAAAAAAAAAAAAGCAUGAGAACAAAAUUAAGUAAAAGAAACUAGCAUUGAAACAAAAUUAAGUAAAAGAAACUGAUAUGGAAGCAAAAUUAAGCAAAAUAAACUAAUAGAAAAAUAAAAUUAAGCAAAAGAAAUUGACAUAGAAACAAAAUUUAGCAAAAGAAACUAUCAUAUAAACAAAAUUAAGCAAAAGAAACUAACAUGAAAACACAAUUAAGUAAAAAGACCUACAUGAAGACAAAAUUAAGCAAAAAAAAACUAAUAUGGUGACAAAAUUAUGCAAAAGAAACUCAUAUGGAAACAAAAUUAUGAAAAAAACGGAUAUUGAGAAAAAAUUAAGCAAAAGAAACUAACAUAAAGAUAAAAUUAAGCAAAAGAAACUAACAUGAAGACUAAAUUAAGUAAAAGAAAUUAACAUAUAGAUAAAAUUAAGCAAAAGAAACUGAUAUGGAGACAAAAUAAAAAAAAAUUGACAUUUAGAUAAAAUUAAGCAAAAGAAAUUGACAUGGAAAUAAAAUUAAGCAUAAGAAACUGACAUGGAAAUAAAAUUAAGCAAAAGAAACUGACAUGACGAUAAAGUUAAGAAAAAGAAACUAAGAAGAUAAAAUUAAGCAAAAGAAAUUGACAUGGAGACAAAAAUAAGCAAACAAACUGACAUCAAGACAAAAUUAUGCAAACGAAAUUGACAUCGAAAAAAAAUUAAGAAAAAAAAACUAAUAUCGAGACCAAAUUAAACAAAAGAAAUUGGCAUUGAGGCAAAAUUAAGCAAAAUAAACUAGCAUGUAAAUAAAAUUUAGCAAAAGAAACUGGCAUAGAAACAAAAUCAACCAAAAAAACAAUAGAGAAAUAAAAUUAAACAAAAGAAAUUGACAUAGAAACAAAAUUUAGCAAAAGAAAUUAACAUGAAAAUAUAAUUAAGCAAAAGAAAUUGACAUGAAGACAAAAUUAAGUAAAAGAAAUAGACAUGGUGAUAAAAUUAAGAAAAAGAAACUGACAUGGAAACAAAAUUACGAAAAAAAUAGAUAUCGAGAAAAAAUUAAGCAAAAAAAUUGACAUUGAGACAAAAUUAUGUAAAAGAAACUGAAAUCGAGAUAAAAUUAAGAAAAAAAACUGAUAUUGGGACAAAAUUAUACAAAAAAAACUGACAUCGAGACAAAAUUAAGCAAAAGAAACUCACAAGGAAACAAAAUUAAGCAAUAAUAAAAUUAAGCAAGAAUAAAAUUAAGCAAAAGAAACUAACAUUAAAAUAAAAUUAAGUAGAAGCAACUAGCAUAGAAACAAAAUUAAGCAAAAGAAAUUGACAUGGAAACAAAAUUAAGCAAAAGAAACUGAAUCAAAAUUAAUCAAAAGAAACUACAUGGAGACUGAAUUAAGUAAAAAAAAAUUGACAUAGAAACAAAAUUAAGUAAAAAAAACUGACAUUGCUAUAAAAAUUAAGCAAAAGAAACUUACAUAGAGACAAAAUUAAGUAAAAUAAAUUGACAUUGAGAUAAAAUUAAGCAAAAGAAACUAGCAUUGAAACAAAAUUAAGUAAAAGAAACUGACAUAUAAACGAAAUUAGGCAAAAGAAAUUGGCAUGUAAAACAAAAUUAAGUAAAAGAAAUUAUCUUGGAAACAAAAUUAAGCAAAAUAAACUAGCAUGAAAAUAAAAUUAAGCAAUCAAAAACACGAAUGGUAACAAAAUUAAGCAAAAGUAACUAGGAUGAAAAAAAUUAAGUAAAAGAAACUAGCAUUGGAAUAAAAUUAAGCAAAAGAAACUAGCAUGGAAACAAAAUUAAGCAAAAGAAACUGAUAUUGAAACAAAAUUAAACAAAAGAAAUCGAUAGGGAAAUAAAAUUAAGUAAAAGAAAUUAACAUAGAAACAAAAUUUAGCAAAAAAUCAUCAUAUAAAUAAAAUUAAGCAAAAGAAAUUGACAUUAAAAUAUAAUUAAGCAAAAGAAAUUGACAUGAAGACAAAGUUAAGCAAAAGAAACUGACAUACAAACAAAAUUACGAAAAAAAUGGAUAUCGAGAAAAAUUAAGCAAAAGAAACUAACAUAGAGACAAAAUUAAGCAAAAGAAACUAACAUGAAGACUAAAUUAAGUAAAAGAAAUUGACAUGUAGAAAAAAUUAAGCAAAAGAAACUAAUAUAGAGACAAAAUUAAGCAAAAGAAAUUAACAUACAGAAAAAAUUAAGCAAAAAAAACUGAUAUAGAGACAAAAUUAAGCAAAAGAAAUUAACAUUGAGACAAAAUUAAGGAAAAAAAAUUGACAUCGAAACAAAAUUAAGCUUAAGAAAUUGACAUUGAAACAAAAUUAAGCAAAAAAACUUACAUGAAGACAAAGUUAAGCAAAAGAAACUGAGGACACAAAAUUAAGCAAAAGAAACUAACAUGGAGAGAAAAUUAAGCAAAAAAAACUGACAUUGAGAUAAAAUUAUGCAAAACAAACUAACAUCUAGACAAAAUUAAGCAAAAGAAACUGUCAUGGAGACAAAAUUAAGCAAAAGAAACUCUCAUUGAAAUAAAAUAAAAAAAUACAAGUAUAAAAACAAAAUUAAGCAAAAGAAACUAGUAUGGAAAUAAAAUUUCCCAAACGAAACUCUCAUGGAAACAAAAUUAAGCAAAAAAAACAAGCAUGAAAACAAAAUUAAAUAAAUAAACUAGCAUGGAAACAAAAUUAAGCAAAAGAAACUAGCAUUGGAACAAAAUUAAGCAAAAGAAACCAGGAAACAAAAUUAAGCAAAAGAAACUGAUAUUGAAAUAAAAUUAAGCAAAAUAAACCGAUAGGGAAAUACAAUUAAGCAUAAGAAAAUUGACAUAAAAAUAAAAUUUAGCAAAAGAAACUGUCCUAUGAAGCUAACAUAGAGACAUGAAAACAUAAUUAAGCAAAAGAACCUAGAUUAAGCAAAAAACAUGAAGAUAUAAAAAUAAAAUUUAGCAAAAAAACUAACAUGAAAACAUAAUUAAGCAAAAAAAUAUAAUAUGAAGAUAAAAUUAAGCAAAAGAAACUAACAUGGUGACAAAAUUAAGUAAAAGAAACUCAUAUGCAGAUAAAAUUACGAAAAAAAAGGGACAUCGAGAAAAAAAUAAGUAAAAGAAACUAACAUAGAGACGAAAUUAUGUAAAAAAAACUAACAUGAAGAUUAAAUUAAGCAAAAGAAAUUGACAUGCAGACAAAAUUAAGCAAAAGAAACUAAUAUGGAGACAAAAUUAAACAAAAGAAAUUAACAUUGAGUUAAAAUUAAGCAAAAGAAAUUAGCAUUGAAACAAAAUUAAGCAUAAGAAACUGACAUAGAAAUAAAAUUAAGCAAAAGAAACUGACAUGGAGACAAUGUUAAGCAAAAGAAAUUGAGGAGACGAAAUUAAUCAAAAAAACUGAUUGAGACAAAAUUAUGCAAAAGAAACUGACAUCGAGACAAAAUUAAGGAAAAGAAACUGACAUGGAAACAAAAUUAAGUAAGAUCAAAAUUAAGGAAAAUAAACUGUUAUUAAAAUAAAAUUAAACAUAAGAACCUAGCAUGGAAAUAAAGUUAUGCAAAAGAAACUAAAUUUAAGAUAAAAUUAAGCAAAAAAAACUUACAUGGAAACAAAAUUAUGCAAAAGAAACUAAAUUUAAGAUAAAAUUAAGCAAAUGAAAUUGACAUGCAGACAAAAUUAAGCAAAAAAAAACUGAUAUAUAGACAAAAUUAAGCAAGAGAAACUAACAUUAAGACAACAUUAAGUAAAAGAAAUUGGCACGAAAAUAAAAUUAAUCAUAAGAAACUAACAUGGAAAUAAAAUUAAGCAAAAGAAACUGACAUGGAGAUAAAGUUAAGCAAAAGAAACUAAGGAGACAAAAUUAAGCAAAAGAAACCAACAUUGAGACAAAAUUAAACAAAAAAACAAACAUUGAGACAAAAUUAAGCAAAAGAAACUGACAUUGAAAUAAAAUUAAGCAAAAAAAACUCACAUGGAGACAAAAUUAAGCAAAAAAAGAAACUAGCAUGUAAAUAAAAUUUAGCAAAAGAAAUAGGCAUGGAAACAAAAUUAACCAAAAAAAACUCUCAUGGAAAUAAAAUUAAACAAAAAAAACAAGCAUGAAAAUAAAAUUAAGGAAAAGAAACUAGUAUGGAAACAAAAUUAAGCAAAAGAAACUAGCAUUGGAAUAAAAUUAAGCAAAAAAAUAGCAUGAAAACAAAAAUAAGCAAAAGAAACUAAUAUGGAAAUAAAAUUAAGCAAAAGAAACCAAUAAGGAAAUAUAAUUAAGCAAAAUAAAUUGACAUAGAAACAAAAUUUAGCAAAAGAAAUGGUCAUAUAAUUAAGCUUUCUAUGUCAAAACGGAUAUUGAGAAAUGGUCAUAAAAAUGGUCAUAAAACAUAGAAAUGGUCAUAAAACAUAAUUAAGCAAAUGAAACUGACAUGAAGAUAAAAUUAAGCAAAAGAAAUUGACCUAGUGAGAAAAUUAAGCAAAAGAAAUUGACAUGCAAACAAAAUUAAGUGAAAGAAACUUAUAUGGAGACAAAAUUAAACAAAAGAAAUUGACAUUGAGACAAAAUUAAGCAAAAGAAAUUGACUUAAAAAUAAAAUUAAGCAUAAGAAACUAACAUGGAAAUAAAAUUAAGCAAAAGAAACCGAGGAGACAAAAUUAAGCAAAAGAAACUAAGGAGACAAAAUUAAGCAAAAAAAAAACUGACAUUAAGAUAAAAUUAAGCAAAAAAACUGACAUUUAAACAAAAUUAUGUAAAAGAAACUAACAUCGAGACAAAAUUAAGUAAAAGAAACUGAUAUGAAGAUAAAAUUAAGCAAAAAAAAAUGGCAUGGAUGCAAAAUUAAGCGAAAAAAAUUAGCAUGUAAAUAAAAUUUAUCAAAAGAAACUAACAUGGAAACAAAAUUAACCAAAAGAAACUAUCAUAGAAACAAAAUUAACAAAAAAUAAUAAUAAUGAAAAUAAAAUUAAGCAAAAAAGAACUGAAAUGAAAAUAAAAUUAAGCAAAAGAAACUAGAAUUAGAACAAAAUUAAGGAAAAGAAACUAGCAUGGAAACGAAAUUAAGCAAAAAAAACUGAUAUGAAAACUAAAUAAAACAAAAGAAAUUGACAUAGAAACAAAAUUUAGCAAAAUAAAUUAUAAUAUAAAUAAAAUUAAGCAAAAGAAACUAAUAUUAUAACACAAUUAAGAAAAAGAAACCGAUAUGAAGAUAAAAUUAAGCAAAAGAAACUAACAUAGUGAUAAAAUUAAGCAAAAGAAAUUGACAUGCAAACAAAAUAAUGAAAAAAACGGAUAUUGAGAAAAAAUUAAGCAAAAGAAACUAACAUAAAGAUAAAAUUAUGUAAAAAAAACUAACAUGAAAACUAAAUUAAGCAAAAGAAAUUGAUAUGCAAACAAAAUUAAGCAAAAGAAACUGAUAUUGAGACAAAAUUAAGUAAAAGAAAUUAACGUUGACACAAAAUUAAGUAAAAAAAAUGGGCAUGGAAAUAAAAUUAAGCAUAAGAAACUGACAUGGAAACAAAGUUAAGCAAAAAAAACUAAAGAGACAAAAUUAAGCAAAAGAAACUAACAUUAAGAUAAAAUUAAGCCAAAAAACUAACAUUGAGAUAAAAUUAUGUAAAGAAACUGACAUCGAGACAAAAUUAAGCAAAAGAAACUGACAUGGAAACAAAAUUAAGUAAGAAAAAAUUUAAGCAAAAGAAACUGAUAUUGAGACAAAAUUAAGGAAAAGAAAUUGGCAUAGAGGCAAAAUUAAGCAAAAGAAACUAAUAUGUAAAUAAAAUUUAGCAAACGAAAUUGGUAUGGAAACAAAAUUAACCAAAAGAAACUCUCAUUGAAAAGAAAUUAAGCAAAAGAAACUAGCAUAGAAAAAAAUUAAACAAAAGAAACUAGCAUGGAAAAAAAAUUAAGCAAAAGAAAGUAGUAUUGGAACAAAAUUAAACAAAAGAAACUAGCAUAUAAACAAAAUUAAGCAAAAGAAACUGAUAUUGAAACAAAAUUAAGCAAAGGAAACUGAUAGGAAAAUAAUAUUAAGCAAAAGAAAUUGAUGUACAAACAAAAUUUAGCAAAAGAAACUAUCAUAUAAAAAAAUUAAGCAAAAGAAGCUGACAUGAAGACAAAAUUAAGUAAAAGAAACUGAUAUGGUCACAAAAUUAAGUGAAAGAAACUAACAUCCAAAUAAAAUUACGUAAAAAAAUAGACAUCGAGAAAAAAUUAAGCAAAAGAAACUAACAUAGAGACAAAAUUAAGCAAAAGAAACUAACAUGAAGACAAAAUUAAGCAAAAGAAACUAACAUGAAGACAAAAUUAAGCAAAAGAAACUAACAUGAAGACUAAAUUAAGCAAACGAAAUUAACAUGCAGACGAAAUUAAGCAAAAGAAACUGAUAUGGAGACAAAAUAAAAUGAAAGAAAUUGGCAUGGAAACAAAAUUAAGAAUAAGAAACUGACAUAAACAUUGAGACAAAAUUAAGCAAAAGAAAUUGGUAUUAAAACAAAAUUAAGCAAAAGAAACUGGAGACAAAGUUAAAUAAAAGAAACUAAGUAGACAAAAUUAAGCAAAAAAAAACUUAGGAGAUAAAAUUAAGCAAAAGAAACUAACAUGGAGACAAAAUUAAGCAAAAAAACUGACAUUGAGAUAAAAUUAUGCUAAAGAAAUUGACAUUAAGAUAAAAUUAAGCAAAAGAAACUAACAUGGAGAUAAAAUUAAGCAAAAGAAACUGGCAUGGAGGCAAAAUUAAGCAAAAGAAACUAGCAUGUAAAUAAAAUUUAACAAAAAAAACUGGCAUGGAAACAAAAUUAAUCAAAAGAAACUCUCAUUGAAACAAAAUUAAGCAAAAAAAAACAAGCAUGAAAACAAAAUUAAGCAAAAGAAACUAGCAUAGAAACAAAAUUAAGCAAAAGAAACUAGCAUUGAAAUAAAAUUAAUGAAAAAAACUAGCAUGAAAACAAAAUUAAGUAAAGAAAAACUGAUAUGAAAAACAAAAUUAAGCAAAAGAAGCUAACAUUGGAACAAAAUUAAGCAAAAGAAACUGUCAUGGAAACAAAAUUAAGCAAAAAAAACUGAUAAGGAAACUAAAUUAAGCAAAAGAAAUCAAUAGGGAAAUAAAAUUAAGCAAAAGAAAUUGACAUAGAAACAAAAUUUAACAAAAGAAACUGUUAUAUAAAUAAAAUUAACAAAAAAAAAACUAACAUGAAAACAUAAUUAAAUAAAAAAAACUGACAUAAAGAUAAAAUUAAGCAAAAGAAAUUGACACGUGACAAAAUUAAGUAAAAGAAACUAGCAUGCAAAUAAAAUUAUGAAAAAAAAUAGACAUUGAGAAAAAAUUAAGCAAAAGAAAUUAAUAUAGAGAUAAAAUUAAGUAAAAGAAACUAAUAUGAAGAUUAAAUUAAGCAAAAGAAAUUGACAUGCAGACAAAAUUAAGCAAAAGAAACUAAUAUGAAGACUAAAUUAAGCAAAAGAAAUUGACAUGGAGUCAAAAUUAAGCAAAAUAAAUUGAUUUUGAGAUAAAAUUAAGCGAAAGAAAUUGGAAUGGAAAUAAAAUUAAACAAAAGAAACUAAUAUGGAGACAAAGUUAAGCAAAAGAAAUUGAGGAGACAAAAUUAAACAAAAAAAACUAACAUGGAGAUAAAAUUAAGCAAAAAAAACUGACAUUGAGGCAAAAUUAUGUAAAAGAAACUGACAUUGAGAUAAAAUUAUGCAAAAAAAACUGAUAUUGAGAUAAAAUUAAGCAAAAGAAACUUAAAUUAAGCAAGAACAAAAUUUUUUGCUUAAUUUAUCUCAAUAUCAGUUUUUUUUAUCUCAAUUUACUUAAUUUAUCUGAAUAUCAUAAUUUAUCUAAAAUUAAACAGAAGAAACUAGCAUUGAAACAAAAUUAAGCAAAAAAAUUAACAUGAAAACAAAAUUAAGUAAAAUAUAUGGAGUCAAAAUUAAACAAAAGAACUAACAUGGAGACUAAAUUAAACAAAAAAAACUGACAUUGAUAUAAAAUAAAGCAAAAGAAACUUACAUAAAGAUAAAAUUAAGCAAAAGAAACUAGCAACGAAACAAAAUAAAGGAAAAGAAACCGAUAGGGAAAUAAAAUUAAGCAAAAGAAAUUGACAUAGGAAUAAAAUUUAGCAAAAGAAAUUAUCAUAUAAAUAAAAUUAAGCAAAAGAAACUAACAUUAAAACAUAAUUAAGAAAAAGAAAUUGACAUGUAGACAAAAUUAAGCAAAAGAAACUGACAUAAUUACAAAAUUAAACAAAAGAAACUGACAUGUAAACAAAAUUAGGCAAAACAAUUGGCAUGGAAACAAAAUUAAGCAAAAGAAAUUCUCAUGGAAACAAAAUUAAGUAAAAUAAACUAGCAUGAAAAUAAAAUUAAGUAAAAAAAACACGUAUGGUAACAAAAUCAAGUAAAAGAAACUAGCCUGGAAAAAAAUUAUGCAAAAAAAACUAGCAUAAAAAAAAUUAAGUAAAAGAAACUAGCAUUAGAACAAAAUUAAGCAAAAUAAUCUAGCAUGAAAACAAAAUUAAGUAAAAAAAACUGAUAUGGAAACAAAAUUAAGCAAAAGAAAUUGAUAGGAAAAUAAAAUGAGGCAAAAAAAUUUAACAUAGAAAUAAAAUUUAGCAAAAGAAACUGACAUGGAGACAAAGUUAAGAAAAAUAAACUAACAUGGUGAUAAAAUUAAGCAAAAAAACUGAUAUCGAAACAAAAUUAUGCAAAAGAAACUAGCAUCAAGAUAAAAUUAAGCAAAAAAAAAUGACAUAAAGACAAAAUUAAACAAAAGAAACAUGUAGGUAAAAUUAAAUAAAAGAAACUAGUAUAUAAAUAAAAUUUAGCAAAAGAAAUUGGCAUAGAAACAAAAUUAACCAAAAGAAACUCUCAUGAAAACAAAAUUAAGCAAAAAAAUAAUUAUCAAAACAAAAUUAAGCAAAAGAAACUAGCUUGGAAACAAAAUUAAGCAAAAAAGAAACUGACAUUAGAACAACAUUAAGCAAAAGAAACUAGCAUGAAAAUAAAAUUAAACAAAAAAAACUGAUAUGGAAACAAAAUUAAGCAAAAGAAACUGAUAGGGAAAUAAAAUUAAGUAAAAUAAACUGACAUAGAAACAAAAUUUAGUCAAACAAAUUAUCAUAUAAACAAAAUUAAGCAAAAAAAACUAACAUUAAAACAUAAUUAAGCAAAAGAACC